AGUAUCUUCCAUUCGACAUCCAAUAUUCAUCUUCUAGUCAUCAGGGGUACAAUUCAAUAUGAAAGUUCUACUUCUCCUCUGCCUGGUUAUGACCAGCGCGCUGGUUCUAGCCAAACCCCUCGACACAUCCGAAUUGGUACGGUCAAGUGCUGAAGUGGAUGCCCAAGCAAUAGUGGCCGAAUCAGAUUUGGCAAAGGUAGCAGACGAAGACACGGAAGAUAAUGAAGUGCUUAACGAUCGUGAAGUGGCGGCAGCUGAUGAUGAUGACGAGGAUGAUGACGAAGAUGACAGUGAAGACGAAGAAUCGGAAGGUUCCGAUGAAGAAGGAGAAUCGGAGGGUUCCGAUGAAGAUGACGACGAGGAAGGUUCUGAUGAAGAAAGUUCAGAGAGUUCUGAAAGCAAGCCCGAAGACCUUCCAUCACCGCCAGAAGGUCCACUGCCGCCUCAAGGAGAACAGGGCCCACCUCAAGGGCCACAGAAUAAACCUCAAGGACCACAAAAUCCAGGACAGGGACCUCAAGGACCACAAAAACCAGGACAAUGGCCUCAACUGCCUUCUCAGGGACAGCAAAACCCAGGGCAAAAACCACAGGGACCGCAAAACCAAGUACCGCAGAAACCAGGACAAGGACCUCAAAACCAAGGACAGCAGAAACCAGGACAAUGGCCUCAAAACCAAGGACAGCAGAAACCGGGACAAGGACCGCAGAAUCAAGGACCGCAAAAACCAGGACAAGGACCUCAAAACCAAGGACAGCAGAAACCGGGACAAGGACCUCAAAACCAAGGCCAGCAGAAACCGGGACAAGGACCGCAGAAUCAAGGACAACAGAAACCAGGGCAAGGGCCUCAGAAUCAAGGACAACAGAAACCAGGACAAGGACCACAGGGAUCCCAGAGCCAAGGACAAGGAUCGCAGACACAGCAGAAACCUGGACAGGGGCCGCAAGGACAGCAAAAUCCAGGAAAAGUAGAGGAAAGCCUAUUACAGCACGGUGAUCCUGCACGUGUGGUCAAUAUCAAUAUAAACAUUGGACAAUAAGGUUUGUGGCGCAACCAACCGUAAUUGAUCUACCAUCGAUAGCGAGAUAAUAAAACGUUUCUGUUAGAAAAAUAAAUUUGAAAAAACUUGCUGCUUGAAA